CCCAACUUGGGCCUCCUUUAUGCUUUCAUCAAUCCACAUUUGAAUCUUAUUCCUAUCAAUUCUUAAUGGUAAUUUCUCUUUUUGAUGAUUAUAUAAUACGCCAUCUGCUAGUGUGAAGUACUUAAAAGAUAUUUUGCUAUAAGAUAUCAUCUAAGCAGCCUCAGAUUCAGUUCCUAAUAGGUACAAUGGGUUUGAUGAUAUCACGGCUAUUCAGAAUGCUGUAUUCAAAGAAAGAAAUGAGGAUUCUCAUGGUGGGUCUUGAUGCUGCUGGCAAAACCACCAUACUCUAUAAGCUGAAACUUGGAGAAAUUGUCACUACCAUACCAACCAUAGGUUUCAAUGUUGAGACUGUUGAGUACAAGAAUGUUAGCUUCACAGUUUGGGAUGUUGGAGGACAAGACAAGAUUCGACCACUGUGGAGACAUUAUUUUCAGAACACACAAGGGCUUAUCUUUGUGGUAGAUAGCAAUGACAGAGAAAGAAUUUCUGAAGCCAGAGAUGAACUCCAUAGGAUGCUAAGUGAGAUUGAACUUCGCGACGCAACAUUGCUAGUUUUUGCCAAUAAGCAAGACCUUCCAAAUGCCAUGAGUGUUUCAGAAAUAACAGAUAAACUCGGUUUGCAUUCGCUUCGCCAGCGCCGCUGGUACAUUCAGGCAACUUGUGCUCCAUCUGGCCAAGGACUAUACGAAGGGCUUGAUUGGUUAUCCAGUAACAUAUCCACCAAGUGGUCUAGACUCCUUCUGAGACAGCGUCCGACUUGUUCUUACGGAAUGGAGCUGACGUCCGAGUUCUUUGUGAUGAAGUGGGGGUGUGACAGGUUCAAAGGCUCAAUACGAAGCUGCGGGCAAUCAGUUUAGAUUUUAUUUAUGAUUUAUGUUGCUUUUAUAGAAUUCCCUCGCCUUUGUUGCUUAGGAUUUUUAUUUUAUACAGAGGGAUAGAUGUUAUAACUGAGUUUUGUUUUGAUUUCUUGUGUAUAAUAUCUAUUAUUAAUAUUUAUGUGAUUAUUAUUAUUUGGA